AUGAAAUUUCAAAGCAAAGGGUUCAUUAAACAUUUUGAAUUACCUGAAACUAACAAUAAUAAUUUUUAAUAAGAUCGAAAAGCACGACUGUAAAUCUUAAAAAUAAAACCAUAUUGA